AUGGGGAAGGGGCCGUCGUCGCGGGCAGGGUCGCGGCACCAGCAGUUCCGCGCCCGCGCCAUGACCCGCGUCGACGACCUCCAGGAGGUCUUCUCGGGCCUGCAGUCCGCGCGCAAGGACUCACGCCCCGCCGACGCCGCCGUCCUCGAGGCGCAGCUCCAGCAGAUGCUGCGCGAGUGGCGCUCCGAGCUCAGCGCUCCCUCCCCGGCCUCCUCCCUCCAGGGCAACGCCAGGGAACUGUCGGAUCCGCCUUCGGAUACUCUUCGUCUGCUGCAGUUGGCGGCGGCCGAGGAGGAGGACGACGCCACGAGCAAGAUGGUCGAGCAGCAGCAGCAGCAGCCCCCGCCUCCGCCCCCAGCUAACCAGAACCAGGGGCACGCGCAGGUCCGCCAGGACAUGAAGCCGGAGCCACGCGAGGAAGCAGUUGACGUCGCUGUGGAGCAGCCGCAGCCGCAGCUGCUGAGCCAGGGGGUUCUGCCUAAUGGUGCUGCUACCGCGUCUGCGGUGUUCCAUGAUCAGAUGUACUAUGUGAACCAGGAACUUACGGUUGAGGAUUUUCUUUAUGAUGAUGAUUACAAGAUAGACCUUUCUGGGUCUAAUCUGGAUGUCCUUAAUAAUCUGGAAGGGAUUGUUGAGCUGGAAUAUCCACAGUUCAAUUUGCCGCAAGAGUUAGCCCUUAACGCGUACCUUGACAUGAGUAACAGUGGACAGAGUGCUGGGGGUGUUUUCCUGCACAUGGCAGAUUUGCUCACAACAAUGACUUCAGCACCUUCUGCAUUCCUGAAGCCAAAAUGUGCUCUCUGGGACUGCCCCAGGCCUGCUAUUGGAUCAGAAAGAUGGCAUGAUUAUUGCAGCGUGUAUCAUGCUGAUUUAGCUGUGCAGGAAGAGGGUCCUCCAGGCACAAUGCCUGUGAUCCGUCCAAGAGGCAUUGAUCUGAAAGAUGGCCCCCUGUUUGCUGCUCUUAGUGCAAAAAUCCAAGGAAAAAAUGUUGGGAUCCCUAUCUGUGAAGGAGCUGCUACUGCAAAGUCUCCAUGGAAUGCGCCUGAACUUUUCGAUCUUUACAUCUUUGAAGGUGAAUCUAUCAGAGAAUGGUUGUUUUUUGACAAACCGAGGAGGGCAUUUGAUAGUGGAAAUCGGAAGCAGCGGUCCUUGCCAGAUUACAGCGGCCGUGGUUGGCAUGAAUCUAGGAAGCAGGUGAUGAAGGACUUUGGGGGUCUGAAGAGGUCCUAUUACAUGGAUCCACAGCCAUCCAACAGCUAUGAAUGGCACCUCUAUGAAUAUGAGAUCAAUGAGUGUGAUGCUUUUGCCUUAUACCGGCUUGAAUUCAAGUCUUCAGAUGCAAAGAAGAUUGCUAAAUCAAAAUUGGCUUGUAAUCCACUGAAUGAAAUUCAGCAGCAAAUGGUUAGACUCAGUGCAGACAGUCCUGUAGACACCAAACGGACGGCCCGGAGCAGGACAAAGGCUAACCCGAUAGAUGCCAGUACUAACAUCUAUUCAGUUCCAAACACCACAGUUCAAGCUAAUGUUCCAAAUGCUUAUCAGCCAGGGUCACAAGUGGACCAGAUGACAUAUUUGAACGGUAGUGUCGUUUAUGGGCCUCAUCUGCCGUAUGGUUACUCGACUGAAAGAAGUGACUUUUAUUGGAACUCAAAUGAUGGGACAUGA